GCAAAAGAGAGUUUGAAGAGGGAGAAUCGUAGGAAGUUUGGAACUUUCGAGCCACUUCUCAAAAUCUCCAUCUUUAGCGCCACCUUGAAGAGUGAGAACCGCCGCCGGUCGUCAAACUCAGAGAAACGGAAGUAACCCUCCGGCCACCGAGGAGUGAACAAACGAAUUCCUACGGGCGAGAGCAAUGGCAGCAAAGGACUCGGAGCCAGUAUUGGAUGUGCAGUCGGUUGUCGAAGCAGUAGUUGCAAACGACGACGCCGAUGUUCCCAGCUACGAAGUAGAAAGCCUCUGCAUGCGCUGUGAAGAAAACGGGAUAACGAGAUUUUUGCUGACUUUAAUUCCGCACUUCAGAAAGAUCUUGCUGUCAGCUUUUGAAUGUCCACACUGUGGUGAGAGGAACAAUGAAGUUCAGUUUGCCGGUGAGAUCCAGCCACGGGGGUGUUGCUACUGUUUGGUGGUUCCUGCUGGCGACCAAAAGAUGCUUAAUCGACAAGUGGUGAAAUCUGAAUCUGCCAUUAUUAAGAUACCUGAACUGGAUUUCGAGAUUCCUGCAGAGGCUCAACGUGGAACUCUUUCAACAGUGGAAGGUAUAUUGGUACGAGCUGUGGAUGGAUUGGAAGCCCUUCAAGAGGAACGUAGGAAGGUGGAUCCUCAGACUGCUGAAGCAAUAGAUCAGUUUCUCCUGAAGCUGAAAGCUUGUGCUGUAGGAGACUCAUCCUUCUCCUUCAUAUUGGAUGAUCCAGCUGGAAACAGCUUCAUCGAGAACCCAUUUGCACCAGCCAAGGAUCCAUCAUUAAGUAUCAAAUUCUAUGAGCGGACUCCAGAACAACAAGCUUCACUAGGUUAUUAUGUUGAAUCAUCACAAUCAGAAGAACCCGAGGGUGGAACAUCAACAAGUGGUGUUGCUAAUUCUAAUCAAGCUAGAGGAGAGGCACAUGGAUCCGUAGGAGCAGUGGCUGGCCAUCGAGCAAUAGCUCAGAGUAACAGUGCAGAGAUUGCUGAUGCCUUGUUUCGUUAUACUGCACCAGAAGAAGUGAUGACUUUUCCAACAACAUGUGGAGCUUGUGCGACGAUGUGUGAGACUCGAAUGUUUGUAACCAAAAUUCCUUACUUCCAAGAAGUGAUUGUCAUGGCAUCUACUUGUGAUGCUUGUGGUUACCGUAGUUCUGAGUUGAAGCCAGGUGGGCGAAUACCUGAAAAAGGAAAGAUAACUACUCUUCAUGUGAAGGAUGUUAGAGAUCUCAGUCGAGAUGUGAUAAAGUCAGAUACUGCUAGUGUAAAAGUCCCAGAUCUCGACUUGGAGCUGGCUAGUGGCACUCUUGGGGGACUUGUUACAACCGUUGAAGGUUUAAUCACAAAAAUAAGUGAAAGUCUAGAGAGAGUACAUGGAUUUACCUUCGGAGACAGUCUAGAUGAAAAUAAAAAAAACAAAUGGCUGGACUUCAAAACAAGACUAACCAAGCUCUUGAGUUUGGAAGAACCUUGGACUCUAAUCCUUGACGAUGCAUUAGCAAACUCGUUUAUUGCACCAGUGACUGAUGAUAUGAAAGAUGACCAUCAGUUAACACAUGAGGAGUAUGAGCGAUCCUGGGAACAGAACGAGGAACUUGGUUUGAACGACAUGGACACCUCUGCAGCCGAUGCUGCUUACGAGUCAUAAAUCAAAAAACGGUGCUAGAUCCCAGGACAUAGAAAGCUUCAUUUCCUUACGCCAAGGUCAUAGGUUUUAACUUUAUAAACUUACAGGUAUUGAUUUUGGUUCCAUUGUUGUAACUUAUAUUUAUUUCUUAUUGGAGUCUAUCUGCAAUUCAAGCCAUGUUCACAUGAAACUAAUGAAGGCUCCCCUUGGAUUGAUUAUGCAUUGCUUUUCAGCUAUUAAUCGGUUUUUUUUUAA